AAUUUCUGUCUGAUGAGUAAGUACAUUUGCAUUAUUUUGUGCAAUAUUGAAACCGGGAGUUCUGUGAUUGAGAAGAUAGACAUUGGACAUGCUUCUACCAUUUUGCACCUCGGGUAUCGUCGUUUCGAUAAUAUAUAGCCAGCAUAGUGUUUUACGCGUUGGCCUCAAUCAUUACGGUACAAUUCUAUGGUGACGUUCUUUCUGAUUUCGUAGCCACAAUGAAAUAUCAUAUAAUACGCCACUUUUUCUGUUUAUAAAUGUAAUAUUUGUAGGAUUAAUAGGCCGUCCUUCACACAGUGUAGCCAGUAGUAUAUAUUGUAACCUAAAUACAUAGCUAGCUACAGUGAGUUAGAACACAAUAAGUAGCUAGCUAGAUUCAUCAGCCGACUACUAGACAUACAGCUACUGCUAACGUUACUAGUUAGUUAGCUAACGUUAGCUAAGUUACAGUGAUACCGCCACGUCUUCUUAACCUCCCACUGGGCUACUGAGUGACCCUUUACAAUGGCCGCUGAAAGAAAACGUAAGCGAUCGGGCAUCGAAGAUGUGAGAGACAGAAAAGCAAAGGUUAUUAAAGACAGCGGUGAGAAGAGACACAUCGCAGCCCUGAUCCUGGCGAGGGGAGGCAGUAAGGGGAUCCCCCUGAAGAAUAUAAAAAUGCUAGCCGGUGUCCCGCUCAUUGGAUGGGUUCUGAGAGCUGCAGUGGACUCCAAACAGUUUGACAGUGUGUGGGUAUCAACUGACCAUGAUGACAUUGAGAAGGUAGCCAAGGCAUGGGGAGCUCAGGUUCACCGCAGGAGCCCAGAGGUGUCCAAAGACUCCUCCAGCUCUCUCGACACCAUCCAGGAAUUCGCCCGAUUAAACCCAGAGGUGGAUGUGAUCUGUCACAUCCAGGCCACGUCUCCCUGCCUGCACCCCUUCCACCUGAAGGAGGCCCUGGAGAUGAUCACCAAGCAGGGCUUCACGUCCGUCUUCUCCGUGGUCCGACGACACCACUUCCGCUGGCAGGAGGUGAAGAAAGGAGGUAGUGCAGCCACCCAGCCUCUCAACCUGGAUCCAUCCAACAGGCCCCGGAGACAGGACUGGGAUGGAGAGCUGUGUGAAAACGGAUCUUUCUAUGUCUCCACCAGAGCCCUUAUACAGGAAGGUGUUUUGCAGGGGGGGAGGUGGGCUUACUAUGAGAUGCUGCCAGAGUACAGUGUGGAUAUUGAUGUGGAUAUCGACUGGCCCGUGGCAGAACAGAGAGUACUGAGGUUUGGUUACUUUGGUCUGGACAAGCCUGAGGUGGUGCGUCUGCUGCUGUGUAACGUCUCCGGCUGUCUGACUGACGGCCGCGUCCUCAUCUCUGUCUCUGGAGAGGAGAUGGUCUCAGUCAACACCAGAGAUACUAUGGGUAUCCGCAUGCUGCAGAGAGAGGGGGUGGAGGUGAUCCUGAUCUCGUCCAGUGAGGACCUUCUGACCAAGGCCCUGGCUGACAAUCUAUCCCAGAGGACAGGCUGCGAGGUCAGACAGCUGGGCAAGGACAUCCAGUGUGAAGUCAAAGCCAUGAUGGACGACAAGGAUCUGGACUGGAAGGAGGUCGCCUAUAUGGGUAAUGAUGCACCAGAUGUUGACUGUCUGAACCUGGCUGGGCUGAGUGCAGUACCCCGGGACGCUCCAGUGGUGGCGAUCAACGCUGCUAAAUACUCCUGCCACAGUGCUGCAGGCCUGGGGGCUGUGAGGGAGUUUUCUGAACACAUCCUGCUGCUCAAGAAGAAGGCCAAGUCUCAGAUGGAACAGGACCGCAUCCACAGAAAUACAUUCUAAACUCUAGAAUGUGUUCUAAAGUCACAGAGAUCCAUUCUAAACACUAGAAUGUGUUCUAAAGUCACAGAGAUCCAUUCUAAACUCUAGAAUGUGUUCUAAAGUAGGGAUGGGCAUUAGAAAUAAUAUCAUGACAUUGUUUCGGAUAUCCGGAUAGAGAAAAAGUAGCCACUGACUCGUGCUAGUUAACCUAUGGCAUUUACAAGUGUCUAUCUAUCAUCCAAUAUGGCAGUGCAUGUCUUUACUGCAUCAAAUCAAUGUAAAGAUGCAAGCUAAGACAGCCAAAUGUUAGCUAGCUAGUUGAGGCGCUGCCUGUCCUGAUCUACAACAACCCUGUUCAGAUUAAACAGCCUAUACUGAAGGUUGUUCAUUGUUGCCUACUCCUCAUUUAGUUUACUUAAUUCUGUCUUUUUAAUUCAACUUUUAUUUGAUUGAUUAGAGAUCUCCCACUUCACGUUGCUACACAUGGAGCCUCUGACUAGUGUCAACAACAGCAAGCUAAGUGAAAACCUGUGUAGGCUAAUACGUAUGUAUUUUUUAAACUAUAUUCACAUUUGUGACGUUGUUUUAUUAAAUUAAGAAUUCCAAAUAUCAUGAGUGUAGAAAUGUCCCAUAGAUAAUUUUAUUCAAUUAAGAUGAAGGCUUGUCAUUGUUAAAAUAGGCCUGUGAUUUAUUUGUAUUCCUACUCUCGCAAGUAUUCGAAUACUAAUGUCUGUUCGAAUAACUGUGCCCAUUGCUAGUUUUUACAGGUUGUCAGAUCAAGGUAGUUUGGGUUUUAUAUCACUACAGGUUGUGUUGACAAAAAUGAAUGUCUUUACUUUAAAUGAAGUAGUAUACAGGAGGCCUUUCAUUUACUUGAGAUUGAUUGUUUUUCUCUCCACUUUCUAAUGUUCUGUCUUCAUUUUGGGGGGAAGUAUUAGGACAUGAACUUGGAGUUGCACUGAGAUUCUUGUUGUUUGGGGUGUUUACUUUUGUAUUUUGCCUGCAAUUUGUUUGUAAAAUUAUAUAUGAUCAUAAACGUAAGAAACACUUUCUUAUU